AGUAGUCCUAUAGCGAGCUAUAAAGGAUUCAGCUCUGCAAUCGAUUACACUAGGUGGCGGGAAGAUCAGUUUUUGCAAUACGGGAAGCGGAAAACAGAGUGUGAAAUCUAAUGGCUGUUAACGCGACAACAAAUCCUUCCCAGCUUUUGCCACUCGAGCUUGUGGAUAAGUGCAUUGGCUCUCGCAUUCAUAUUGUGAUGAAGAGUGAUAAGGAAAUAGUUGGGACGCUUCUUGGCUUUGAUGAUUUUGUCAACAUGGUGCUCGAAGAUGUCACAGAAUUUGAAAUUACACCAGAAGGAAGACGGAUUACGAAAUUAGAUCAAAUUUUGUUAAAUGGAAACAACAUAACUAUGCUGGUGCCAGGAGGAGAAGGCCCCGAAGUAUAACGGAUUCUGAACAUUCUACUAGCAGUAACUUUAAUGUGUAAAUAUGUUUGUGACCUCACCGCCUCCUUAGCAAAAAGGAGGCUUUGAUAAAAAUGGGAGUUCCAUUUUCCCCAUGUAAUAACACACAAUUGUCUUCUGACCUUUUUAUUUUAUUAUAAAACUUGCAUUGAUCAUCAUACCUGUUAAAUUAAGUUGUGUUUUGUUUAAGAAAACAUUAAAAUUGUGUGUUUAUAAGAA